AUGUCGCUGAUUUGGUCGAUGAUCGGAGUGAUCACUUGCAUUUUCUCAAUGACUUCGCUCGCUUUGGAUGUUUCUGUCGCCGGUCCCAAUGGCAUUUACCUCUGGAGUCUUUUAUCCUGUAAGUCCGUCAUUCUCAUUAAAACUCUUCACUUCUUCUUCUUCCUCUUUCAGCCGUUUCCCACGGAGGAGCCCUCGCGCUCUUCUACUCUCAAUUCCAGUCCUCGUUCAAGAUCUCGAUGCUUCUCGAGGAACACCAGGACGUCGGCUUCACCACUUUCAACCAGGCCUCCCUUUCCUACGCCUUCUACAUGUCUCUCUGCGCUCUUUUCGCCCUCUACAUUCCCCCAUUGACAUUGGUGUUGUUCACCGAAAAACUGACCAUCAGCUCUCGAAAACAACAAUCCAACUUUGAUCCAACGCUCAUGUUGUACUGA